ACCAACUACCGUAAAAACCUCAACGAAGAAGAAUACUGCGCUUGACUGUUGUGACGUCAUCACGUACAACGUGUGGCACAGAAGCAACAUGGCUCUGAAUGGAGAUGACAAUGACUUUGAGUGGGAGCCUCCAACAGAGGCAGAAAUGAAGGUGAUCCAGGCUCGCAGGGAGCGACAAGACAAAAUCAGCAAGCUGAUGGGAGACUACCUGCUCAAAGGAUACAGGAUGCUGGGAGAGUGCUGUGAUGUGUGCGGGACAAUUCUUUUGCAGGACAAACAGCAGAAAAACUACUGUGUCUCAUGUCAGGAGCUGGACUCUGAUGUUGAUAAGGACAACCCUGCUCUGAAUGCUCAGGCAGCAUUGUCCCAAGUGAGGGAGAGACAGCUUGCAGCCCAGUCCCCUGCGCUGUCCCAGGCCCCUGAACUCAGUGAAAGCGCCAGCAACAGUCAGGCAAGUGUGUCAGUUCCCAGACCAGAGCACUGUGAGGGGGCUGCCGCAGGGGGAAGAGCUGCCCUGCCUCUACCUGCUGUCCCUUCUCCUUCAACUCCUGCCUCCACCCCAGCCGUGGCCCCACCUCGCCCCCCAGUUUGUCCACAGGACGCUGCCAUCAGACCUGUGUUGCAAGAAGCUGAGGAAGCUGUUCUAACCAAACUUCGCUGGGCCACUACACAGCUAGAUAGUUCAGCCUCCCUGGAGUCAAGUAUCCAGCUCUGCAGCCUCAUCGCCAGCUGUGCCAGCUCACUGCGCAGCCUCAAAGACCUCAGCCAGUAACCACCAUGGAAAAGGUUGAAACCAUGGAUUAACGGGAACGCUCUUUCUACUUGCCUCUCCUGGAAUACUGACUCUGGUUCACUGCUUUGCAGUAUCUCUCUAUGACUGAAUCAAUGCAUAGAGCUGAAUUCAAAAUUGGUUGUGAAAUGCACUUCAAAUACGAUUAAAGGAUUAAAAUGUCAAAGUGCAUAAAUUGCUCUUCAGUUAACAUACCUAUAUGGCUGGCAGAAAUAUCGUGUUACAUGGUUUCAAAAUAUGUUACAAAUGUUUGAACAGUUGACUUGACAGAACUGAACAUUUCUAAAUACACAUAAAUACAUUAUUGCUAUUCAAUUAAAACCAUCUGACCAUUAAACAAAUCCUAAUCUGUAUUAUACAGUAAGGGACUGGUAAUGUAUUUACAUAGAUGAUUGCCUUUGGUUAAUCUAAAAUGAUCACCAAAUUCACAUCUGGGGAAAUGACAUCUGUUUUCUGAUUGGUUGUUACAUAGUAUCCAAAACAUGCUGCAAAUCACAAAAUUCAAACAAAAACUAAAACUCCAUUGCUUAAAUGCCAAUGCUGUAAGCACUACAAUGUAAGCGUUUCAAAUGUAUGAUCUGUUGGUACAUUGUUAAACACCAGUCCUCUGAUGGGACCCUCGGUGCAUUUUUCGAUUUACUGUUAAGUCUGAUGCUCGGAUAGAUUUGUUGUAUCUAACCCUCUGCUGAUUCAGAGAUUGUCAUUGUGUGCUGGCAGUUCUGAGGUUUUUAUUGUAAAUAUAUUUGAUACAUGAUGAUGGUCAUGUGAUUUGAGUGAUGCUCAGAAGAGACAGGGCAAUAUUCAGGAGUCAGGCUCGUGAUUCUUUAUUCACUAAAGACAUCUGGAGCAAAUAAACUGCACUGUUCAUCGAUAGACAGCACUUCACCGUAGAUAAAAGCCAGCUUCAGUAUUUUUCAAGGCAGUUAUGAGUUUUGUAAUUAUGUACCUGAAGCUUACCUGUUCAGGAGUUCUGCAGUUUGUUUCUAUCCACAAGAGGGCGCCAAAUGCAAAACAGUGCCAUUAAGGUUGUUAAUUAGAAAACGCUGUAUUUAAAUAAGUACCAUUUUAAGCAUCAAUAAACAAGUAAAUUGUA